GAUACUGUAGCAAUUUUGGCAUUGGUGAUUAAAUUUUAUUAACAUAACUUUAUAUCAUAAAAUUGGAGAGUGGUUAGUGGAAUUUCAUCCUGAUAUUGGUAGAGCUAAUGAUUAUAGUGUCCGCCUGCCAUGGAUGGAAUGGAAAGGUUUGCCUGCCCUAAACCUGACCGACAAGGUCGGUACCACUGCAUAGACGACCACGUUCUUUGCGAUGGAUUUAUAGACUGUCCAGCUGGUGAAGACGAAGACCGACAGGCCUGCAUGUUCUACAAAACGACGAAAGCGCACCUGGACGUUCUCGCCGACGCGUUGCUUCGGUGGGCGAGGGGUCGUUAAGCAAGUCCUUCACAAGAAUCUCCCAGAAGAUUUCAACUCAUCCAAAAAUAUAAAAAAAUCAAAUAAUGACUAAGGCAUAGAAAAACCAUUAAUAUAUGUAUACAUAUAUAUGUCCAAUUGCCUGUCCUAUAUCUAUACAUAUACAUUAAAAAUAUUUAAUGAAGGAAAUUAAUUGUAAAUACACAAACUCAUACAUCCACAUGAUGAAUCAUAUGCAUAGGUAUAUUAAUACACAGAA